AUCUUUUUAGCAGUCGGAAGAAACAAGGGGAAUACUCAUUUUUGAUUAGCCAAUCCUAAUAAUAUUCUGGGAAUAAGUGUGUUGCCAUCACAGUGGGCAUGCACCUAUGCUAAAUAGAUUGAUUUUAAUGGGAAAAAAACAGCUCACACAACAAAGAAAAAAAAUCACCAUAAAUAAGUUUGUAAGUUAGGUAAGGUUGGAUGAUUUUGGGUUCUUGAUAAAACAAAAAAAAAUCUAAUCUUUUUCCUUUUUUUCAAACUUUCUUUCAACUUGGGGGGAAAAAAUGGCUGAUGUACCGUGUUGUGGAACAGAAUUUUUUGUGUUUAUUUUGGUAGUGAUAGGAUUGGUGUUGUUUGCUGGUUUGAUGGCUGGUCUUACACUUGGUCUCAUGUCUCUUGGACUUGUCGACCUUGAAGUUCUCAGCAAAUCUGGCCGUCCCCAAGAUCGUAGUCAUGCCUCUAAAAUACUUCCAGUGGUAAAAAACCAACAUCUUUUGCUUUGCACACUCUUGAUCGGCAACUCUUUAGCAAUGGAGUCUCUUCCUAUAUUCUUGGACAAGCUUGUACCUUCAUGGGCAGCAAUACUGGUAUCUGUGACACUGAUUCUCAUGUUCGGAGAGAUAAUUCCUCAAGCAAUCUGUACUCGCUACGGAUUGACAGUUGGAGCUACUGUAGCACCCUUUGUUCAGCUUCUUCUCUGGUUAUUCUUCCCCAUUGCUUAUCCAAUUAGUAAGGUAUUGGAUUGGAUGUUAGGUAAGGGGCACGCUGCCCUUCUGCGAAGAGCCGAGCUAAAAACGUUUGUGGAUUUUCAUGGCAAUGAGGCUGGAAAAGGAGGGGAUUUGACACAUGAUGAAACAACAAUAAUUGCUGGAGCACUUGAGUUGACAGAAAAAACUGCAAAAGAUGCGAUGACUCCAAUAUCAAAGGCUUUUUCUCUUGAUUUGGACGGAACACUUAACUUGGAAACACUAAAUGCUAUAAUGACAAUGGGGCAUAGCAGAGUUCCUGUUUACUACAGAAAUCCGACAAAUAUUAUUGGACUUAUUUUGGUUAAAAAUCUUUUGGCAGUUCACUCAGAAGAAGAUUCAGUUCCCCUGAGGAAAAUGUUGAUAAGAAAAAUUCCGAGGGUUUCUGAAAACAUGCCUCUGUAUGACAUUUUGAAUGAGUUUCAGAAGGGCCAUAGCCACAUUGCUGUUGUAUAUAAAGAUCUGAAUGAGACGAAAGAUAUGCCAGUGAAUAAUAAAGAUGCUGAUAGCACAACACUAAAAUCCAACUUGCAUGACAUUAAGACUUCAGUACAUAAGGCCGAUGAUGACCAAGUCCCAAAGAAAACUCCUCCCCCUACUCCUGCUUUUAAGAAGAGACACAAAGGUUGCUCAUUUUGUAUAUUGGAUUUGGAAAACACUCCAAUACCAGAGAUCCCUUCCAAUCAAGAAGUUGUUGGUGUUAUUACUAUGGAAGAUGUCAUUGAGGAGCUUCUUCAGGAGGAGAUAUUGGAUGAAACCGACGAAUACGUCAACAUUCAUAACAGGAUAAGGGUGAACAUGAAUUCUUCACAAGAUUUUUCAGCUGAACAGAAUUCAGCAACUCAGCUGCUCCAGGCCCUUUGACUGUGUUCAAUCACUAUCUUCUAAUACUUCUCAAUAGCUACCUCAAGUAUAGCAAUAUGUUAAAUGUAUAGUUUCUCUAUUCUAGCAUAUACUUAUUCCAGUAUUUUUGUAUGAUUAUUUAAACUUAGAUUAGACUGUUCCGGUAGAGCGCGAAUUUGGGUAGAUAUAGUAGUCCUAUAUACAGAAGAAUAGGCUGCAAAUUCAGCAAGAAAGAAAUUUGGUUUGGAUGGUAAUGCAGUGUAUUGCUAGAGUUUUGAGAUAUACAGAGUUCAAUUUACUAGAA